AUGCACACCAGACCAGACCAGCAGCAGGUCCAGGGACUCCAGCAGGAUCCAGAUCAGAGCAAACUGGUCUUCCGGCUGGAAGGGGACCGCUGGACAGACUUCCCCAAGGAGCUGCAGUGGACCACCUACCUCCAGGAGUGGCACGUCAGGGGCACCCGCAUCCGCCGGCUGCCCGACUUCCUGCCUCUGUUCACCCAGCUCACCGUGCUGGAGAUCCCCAAAAACACCCUGUCCGAGCUGCCGCCGGAGAUCGGUGAGCUCCCGGGUCCCCCCCGGGUCCCACCCCGGGUCCACCCCCUCCCCCGGCCAACCAAAAUGGUCCCCCCAGAGCUGGAAGACUGCGAGAACCUGGAGAGGCUGGAGCUGACAGGGAACCACAACCUGUCCGAGCUGCCCUUCGAGCUCAGCGGCCUGAAAAAGCUGGCUCACCUGGACAUUGCGGAGAACAGGUUUGCGUCCAUCCCCAUCUGCGCGCUGAGGAUGACCAGCCUGCAGCUGCUGGACCUGAGCAGCAACCGGCUGAGCGACCUCCCCCAGGACAUGGACAGGUAG